CGGCCGGGGACGAGCCACCGUGUCCCCGAGCAGGGGCAGAGCCGCUGCCCGGCCGUGGCUGAGAACAGCCGCAACUCAGGGCAGGGAUGAGCAGCUCGCCCGAGGCCGGCGUCUGCUCCCUGGCCUUGCCCUCGGACCGGCAGCUGGACGAGCGUGGCCGGGAGGCGGCCGAGACCCAGCGGCUGCGCAGCGCCCGCGUCCAGGAGCAGGUCCGCAUCCGCAUGAUGCUGCGGGGGAACGCGGCGCCCACCCGCCCCGAGGACAUCGCCGACGGCAGCAGAGGUGGUCACUAUGGCACGACCCUGCACCCCUCCUUCAGCUCCCGCUCCCAGAGCAAUGGUGUGGACCCCAAAGCCUCGCUGUACCAACCUCUGGCCAAGAAGGAUUUCGGCACCCUGCGGGGCAGCGGCUGGUCCUCCCGCUCGGCCGUGGACCUCACCCCGCACAAGCGCGUGGCCACCAUCAGCAACGGGGGCCUGGCCAAGGCCCGGGGCUACGGCGCCGGCUACGCGGCCUCGCAGGCGGCCAACACCUCGCCGCGGCCCAGCUCCUUCCACGAGCGCACCUACCGCAGCCGGCAGAACUUCGACACGCUGUCGCUGCGCUCCCUGCGCCUGGCGGACGGGCCCCUGCAGCCCCCCGGCCUCGCCGACGACCGCUACAGCGUCCUCUCGGAGCAGCUGGACGCGCCGGGGCACCGCCCGUUCUACAAGAGCCAGGGCGGCGGCGGCGGCUUCGCCCGCUCCUUCGCCUUCGAGCGGCAGCUGAGCGCCGGCACGGCCGCCAAGGCCGGCUGCGAGUGGCUGGAGGGGGCCGAGGGGCCGCCGAGCCGCACCAUCCGCGCGCCCGCCAUGCGGACGCUCCAGCGCUUCCAGAGCAACAACCGCUCGCGGCUGAGCGCCGGCUCCUUCGGCGGAGUGUCCGCGGGCGGCACGGGCGCCUUCCUGGGGCUGGGGGAGCACGGCUCCCGCGCCCCCUCCGUGCGCAGCCUGGCCGAGUCCGGCCACCACCUCCCGGAGCCGCGCGCCAUGGAGAUGUACAACGGGCACGGGACGCUGCUCGGGCACCACGCCGGGGGGUUUGACGACAUCGACCUGCCCUCGGCAGUGAAGUACCUGAUAGCCAGUGACCCCAACCUCCAGGUGCUGGGCGCUGCCUACCUGCAGCACAAGUGCUACAGCGACAGCAGCGCCAAGAAGCAGGCCCGCAGCCUGCAGGCCAUGCCCAAGCUGGUGAAGCUGUUCAACAGCCCGAACCAGGAGGUGCAGCGCCACGCCACCGGCGCCAUGCGCAACCUCAUCUACGACAACGCCGAGAACAAGCUGGCGCUGGUGGAGGAGAACGGCAUCUACGAGCUCAUGCGCACGCUGAGAGAGCCCGACGACGAGCUCCGCAAGAACGUCACAGGGAUCCUGUGGAAUCUCUCCUCCAGCGACAACCUGAAGGAUCGCCUGGCGCGGGACACGCUGGAGCAGCUCACGGACCUGGUCCUGGUCCCCCUCUCUGGGUUGGGGGGCUCGGGUGUCAUCCAGCAGAACCCCUCAGAGGCAGAGAUCUUUUAUAACUCCACAGGCUUCCUCAGGAACCUGAGCUCCGCCAGCCAACAGACCCGGCAGAAGAUGCGAGAGUGCCAUGGGCUGGUGGACUCCAUGAUCCACUACGUGAACAGCUCCCUGGAAGUGGGGAAGUCAGAGGACAAGAGCGUGGAGAACGCCGUCUGUGUCCUGCGCAACCUCUCCUACCGCCUGUACGACGAGAUGCCCCCGUCCUCGCUCCAGCGCCUCGAGGGCCACAGGAGGGGCGCCGGCGGCACGGUGACGGGGGAGCUGGUGGGCUGCUUCAGCCCCCAGAGCAAGAAGGCCCGUGAGCACUACCUGAACGCGGACAUCGUCACCUUCACGGAGGUCUCCAAGGACCCCAAGGGGAUGGAGUGGCUCUGGAACCCGCAGAUCGUGGGCAUCUACAACCGGCUGCUGCAGCGCUGCGAGCUCAACAAGCACACGACGGAGGCGGCCUCGGGCGCCCUGCAGAACAUCACGGCCGGGGACCGCAGGUGGGCAGGGGUGCUGAGCCGGCUGGCGCUGGAGCAGGAGCGCAUCCUGAACCCCGUGCUGGACCGUGUCCGCACCGCCGACCACCACCAGCUGCGCUCCCUGACCGGGCUCAUCCGCAACCUGUCCCGCCACGCCCGCAACAAGGAUGAGAUGUCCACCAAGGUGGUCAGCCACCUGAUCGAGAAGCUGCCCGGGAGCGUGGGGGACAAGGCACCGCCCGCCGAUGUCAUCGUGAACAUCAUCGCCGUGCUCAACAACCUGGUGGUGGAGAGCCCCAUGGCUGCCCGCGACAUCGUCUACUUCGACGGCCUCAGGAAGCUCUUCUUCAUCAAGAAGCGACGGGACAGCUCGGACAACGAGAAGUCCUCCCGAGCCGCAGCCAGCCUCCUGGGAAACAUGUGGCAGUACACCAAGCUCCACCGGGACUUCAAGAUGAAGGGGUACCGGAAGGAGGACUUCCUCAGCCUGUGAGGACACCCUGGGAGCUGGAAUGCCCUGCUGGGAUGCUCCGUGCUGCCGGCCACGCCCUGGGGAGGCUGCUCGCCAUCGGACCCCCCCUCUGUAGCCUAGUCCCCACCACAUCCCGUGCGCCUCCCCCUCUGCUGGGUCCCCUUCCCGUGCUGGGGGACACGUGUCCUCCCUCCUGCCCAGCCUUAAACCCAGAGGCUGCUUUUGGCUCUGCUGUGGGGCCCCACAGGGACCCCAUUAGUAGGGGUCUGCCUCACAGCACCCCUUGGGGACCCUCCCCACCCUCAGGCAGCUGGCUGCAAAACUUGGCUUGUCCCGCAACUUGACAGAGGGGCAGGAACCACAGGGAUUUGGGAAGGCUCCUGUAGAGCAAUGCUGGGUCAGGGGGGCUUUCAGGGCUGCUUCAUCCCAGCUCCCUGAGCCACAGGGCUGGGUGGGUGUCGGUGCCCUGCACCAGUGUGGGAUGUGCUGUGGAAUACGUGUGCUGUGCCCCAGCUGGGUGGGGACGGGGCUUUGCAUGGCUUGGGGGGCUUAGAGGGCUCUGAGGUGGCUUCCCACAGUUAAUGGGGUGGCACAGGGGCUGCAGGGAGCGGGAUGUGGUGCUGCGUGCCCCCUUUGCCGGUGUCAUCGGGUAGAGGGAUGUGUGUCACUGGGGCUGCCCGUGCCCUCGCUGCAGGAAACCAGGGGUGUCCCUGGAGCCCAUCUGUCACCCCGUGGGGACUGCCCCAGCGUGGCAGAGCCGCCGCUGCCGCUCCUCCCCAGCUGCUGCCAGGGCUGGGCCCAGCUGGCACAGCGGGAGCAGGAUCCGGGCAGGGCCGGCCGGGUCGUGUUUGCCGAGCAGCGUCACCCCGUGGGUGGGGAGAUGCCCCCAGUGCCCCUGGCUGCCUCGGUGCUGGGCACAGGCGGGGCAGCAGGUCUAAAGCUCGGCCAGGCGGGUGGGCUGGGGGGUGGCUUCGGGCUGCCGGCGGGUUUGGGGCUGGGGGGAGCAGCCUCUGCGCUUGGGGGGCACAGCACACCCCGGGGGGAACGAGGUAGAGUAGGUGGAGGGGUGGGAGGGUUUGGGGAAGGGGGUGGUGCUGCCAGAAGGGUUGCAUCCGGGGCUGACGUGGCCCCCUCGGUGAGCAGCACCCGGCGCGGUCCCGGCUGGGGGUCACGGGGUGUUUGCCUCCCCAGCUCUCAGUGUACACCCCCCCCCCGAGCCCUGUGCACCCCUGAAAUAAAGGCCUUGAACGAUG